UUCCUUUUAUAGUAAGUAGCAGUUGCUCCAGCAGCUGGCCUGCCCCUCCGGGGUGAGCACAGGGCUCGUAUAUAAGGGAAGGAGCAGACUUUGCCUUUCAUCCCUCCGUUCAGUGGCUUCGCUGGGCAGCAGAACCCAUCCCUGCACCUUUGCAGAGACCCAGCACGAUGCCAAUCAAGAAACCUGACCUGAAGAAGGAAGCAGCCAAAGCAGCUCCAGUCCUGGAGCCCCCCCGAGAACCUGCCUUUGAUCCCAAGAGCGUGAAGAUUGAGUUCACUGCUGAGCAGAUUGAAGAGUUCAAAGAAGCCUUCAGCCUGUUUGACCGGACGCCCGCCGGGGCCAUGCAGAUCACCUACGCGCAGUGCGGGGACGUCCUGCGGGCGCUCGGCCACAACCCCACCAAUGCAGAGGUCCUGAAGGUGCUGGGCAAGCCCAAAGCAGAAGAAAUGAACACAAAGCUGCUGGACUUUGAGACCUUUCUCCCCAUCCUGCAGCACUUCACCCGCAACAAGGAGCAGGGGACCUUUGAGGACUUUGUGGAAGGGCUGCGUGUCUUUGACAAGGAGGGCAAUGGCAUGGUGAUGGGCGCGGAGUUGCGCCAUGUGCUGGUCACACUGGGGGAGAAGAUGACAGAAAGCGAGGUGGAGCAACUCAUGGCAGGGCAAGAAGAUGCCAAUGGCUGUAUCAACUAUGAAGCUUUUGUCAAGCACAUCAUGUCUGGCUGAAAGAAGAAACUUCAGCUCUCAGCAAUGCUGGAACUCACCCAAGCACCACAAACCGCAAGAUUCCUCCAUCCGUGUCCCUUCCACCAUGGAUGUCACACAUCUGCAGAUGUGCCACCAGGAAGAGUUGGCCUCCACGUGUGUGUGCCUAAGCCUUGGUGUACAAUGAGACCUCAUUUAAACUUGGGUUUAAACCUUAAGUUAUUCUGUUCAGACCUUUUUCUGUGACAUUUGGCUCAUUAAAUU